AUGCCUUCGAUCAACGUGAGGCUCGCAGCAAACAAGAGCAGACCAUCUAGGCAGACGACUAACGAAAUCCAGGUCUCUCUCAAGGAUGGUGCCGACGCAUCUCAGCUCGACGCUGCCAAGAAGCAGGUCACCGAGCAGGGCGGCAAGAUCACCACCGAGUUCAAGCUGAUCAAGGGCUUCACCGCCGAGUUCCCCGAGGACAAGGUCCAUACCCUUUCGUCCAACGACCACAUCAACGUUGAGAACGACGGCGAGGUCAGAACCCAGUAG